ACAGGAUAUACUGCGCAGUAGUAUAUCCAAUUAAAUUGGACUUAUAUCCCGUAAACACCUCAUAUCUAGCUAUAACUUUUGUUUAUAUUACUAAAUUAUCGCUCAAAAUAAUUGUCUGUUAAUUAUACACAAACUAGAAGCAAUACAAGCAGCUGAACAGUGAGGAUCUUGCAGAAACACCAAGAAAAUUAGCAAGUUAGCAGUCAUCGUCUAUUAGCUACCCUGACGACAUAAAAUAACUAAGUUAACUAUACCGAUAAACUGGUCAAAUUUUACAUUGCGGUAAACAUCGGUUCAAGUGCUGUAGUUCUUUAAUGCGACCUUCAUGCGCUGCACAUACGUUAAAAAUGCACAUAUGUACUAGCUAACCACUCAGUUAGCAUUUACGAUAGCUAUGGUAGAUCGGUUAGUAUAAAAUAGCUUUACGAACAUACAAAGCAAUUUAAGCAAAGUGCUGAGUGAAUUCAUGAAGAACCGUGGACAGUAAGAUUAUUUUAGCGAUUGGGCCACGAAAAGCCUCAUAUUUGGUAAAAAAAAAAUUCAGUGUUGUAAACUAGGAUCCUUUACAGUUAUCGUGCUGACUUUAGUCAGUAGUCGUUAGUUUACGUCAGCGUUGCAUGACUACAUUACAACGUCUUCGUUAGCCAUGUCUUUGGUAGCAUACGGUAGUAGUGACGAGAGUGAGUCUGAGGACACGCCGAGUUCUGUAGGAUCUGAGGGGAAGCAGGGUGGAUUAUUUGCGUCUCUGCCGCAGCCGAGGAAUGCUCUGACGAAGAAUCAGCAUGACAAACCAAGUGUAUCACACUCUGAUCAAACACAGACUGUAACUCACUCACCAUUUUCAGGUGUUGAACCCCCGACGAAUCCGGAAAAAAUGAGUGAAGCAGAUCCACAGCUGCUGAAUGUCAAAAGUAGUGCAGAGAGUUUGGACAUUAAAGGUUCGCCUUUUGACUUGCCAAAGCCAAAGAAACGCAUAGAGCCGGUGAAAAUCACAAUCCCUGCAAUUAAAGCAGUUGAUUCUGACUCGGAUGAUGAUGAACCAGUGAGAAAGAGGGGUGUACCCCAGGGCAGUGGUCUAUCCUCUUUGCUGCCUCAGCCUAAAAACCUGGUGGUGAAGGAGAGUCAGCGUGCUCUGGUGCCUCUUUCUCUCUCUAAACGCCCUGGGUCUAACACCCAGGCCCAUGGGAGCGAGGCAGCGUCCCAGGGACUGUCUGCCUCAAGCGCAUCCCCGUCUGCCAUCAAGGCUGCAGCCAAGUCAGCUGCUCUGCAACUCGCCCGACAGAUGGCAGCAGAAGAAGGUAGCGACGAGGAGCUCACGACCGACAAUUACUUUUCCCUGGAGGAAAACUCACAAGACUUUUCACAGCCUAGCCCAGAUCCCCAGAGCUCUGCUCCGACUGUCCUUCUCACUCCAUCUGGCAUGGAAAACGCCCCACUCGACUUUUGCUCUCACAUUGAGAGUUAUGCUUGGGACAGUUAUCAGAGGUCGAGCUACGCGCCUUUGUACCAGACCCCUUCCACUGGUGUGCUACCACAACCCUCCACUCAGGAUUAUUACAGUGCGGAAUAUUACCAAGGCCAAGACCCUGAGCUCCUCAAACCAGAUGACCAAGGAUCCCUAUUUGACAAUGAGGCGUUCCGAAGACUGCAAGGAAAGCAGAACCGGGGUAAAGAGGAAGUGAAGUUCUUGGAGAUUAAAGGAGAUGAUCAGCUGUCUGGGAGUCAGCAGUGGUUGACCAAGAACAUCACCAAGGAGAAGGAGCAGCACAAGUCUUUUAGUAAGAAAAAAGGAGAUCAACCAACGGGCCAGCAGAGACGCAAGCACCAGAUCACAUAUCUGAUCCAUCAGGCCAAGGAGCGAGAGCUGGAGCUGAAGAACACCUGGGCUGAAAACAAACUGACUCGUCGGCAAACACAGGCCAAGUACGGAUUCUGAUGGAUCACCGUUGGCACAUGGAAGAAGUUCACCAUUAUUUAAUGGGCACAUUAUGUUAGAGCCUGUACCCAUGUCUGCGGAGCAUCAGUUCAUUUCUCGUUAUUGCUGUAUGUGACUGUCAUUACCAUUCUGUCUCCAACCACACUGGUUUAUCUAAAAAAACAAAGUCCAGAAGAGAGUCCACAGACUCACAAUUUUCCAUGAUUUUUACAUGGCCUUAGGUGUUGUUGAUAAUUCCACGUGAAGUUUAGACACAAAAUCUGAUUCAUUUGGGUGUAUGAGUGAAUGGGGGUGAGUGAGACUGAGAACCAGGAGGUCAUGUUAGUUUGAGCUGGGUACUGUUUUUUUUUUUUCCCCCUUCUCAGUGUUUUUGAAUGCUGUUCUGUCUACCUAGUUAAUCCAAACGUUUACCCUAAGCCUAACUUUGAACAGUACUGAAUAAUAUUAUGCAACAAUUAGUUAAUUCUGUAUUUUUGAGGACUCCUUUUAAUGUUUAAGCGUUAGUUCAAACACAGUUGUAUUUUGGGCAUUAAGAUGUUAGGAUGGGGGUAGUGACUGAUGACAUUAAAGUAAUUUCUCCUGUGAGAAAUAAAUCGAGCUGAGAACUGAAUGUUAAAUGUUUUUUGGCUGUGUUCUCGUUGGGGCAAUGCAAGCAGAACUAAAUCAUGUUAUCCAGUCUCUGUGUUUUAUUUGGAGUUUGAAUUUAAUCUCUAUAGUAUGUCCAGAUCACAUAAUCAUCUCAUUUUUUAAGUGUUAUGGUUUUCCACUCUUAUUCUCCUAAAUUUUUAUAAGUAUGACUAGCACAUAAACAGACGUUUAUGUUGGCAGAGAAUUUUGUCAGUAUGAUUCUAGAGCAUACACAAAUAUUUGUGUUGGCAGAGUUUUAUGUACAGAUCUUAUGUGCUGACAGAAAAGUCUAUGGUUACAUGAAUAGACAAAUACAGUUGAAGUGCAUCUGUAGGGGUGGUUAAAAUGUACAGACCACCGCAGGAAGUUUUGUUAAUUACAGCAUAUCAUUGUGAUUUGGCCUCUACAUGAACAGCACACACAUCACAAGAUUAACCGUGUCAGAUUAUACUUCAUUAUAAAUGUUUGUAUAUUUGAAAUAAAUGACAGCAAACUGGUUAUGAACU